AGGUCUACUCCAACUUCUACAUCUACUCACCAUUUUCCGUAUAAAGAAAAAGAUUGUUUAGGUUUACUCCCCCCGUGGUCUCCGUCAUGGUACAACUGUCUCGCCCUGUUGUAGUCGUUGUACGCAGAUCAUUAGUUCUCAUCUGCUCGGGAGGUCCUUGAGCCUUGUAACUAUAGAAGCAAGUGAAGUAGUAGUCUCUCUCGCUGACUCGUCCGGUCGCUGCGACAUUUGUGUAAGUUGAAGAGCUUGAUAUUACCAAAACCGCUACAGGAACAGGAACAGGUAUUACAACAAUGAGAUGAUGAUUCUGUAUCAAGUACCCAGUGAGUUGUAACCUCAUUAGAGGACUGGCAGUCGUGUGACGGACCUGCAGCAAACUGCUUCAAGUGGUACGUUCCUACUAUUAUUUUGUGCACAUCACGUCGACGUCGGCAAAUAUACUUAAGCAAAAGCCACAACAUCAAGAUGCCCCCGCCCGCACCGUUCCCCACGAACUCCUCCACAGCCGACUGGCUGUUGACCUACCCAGCUUUCUUGCUGUUUCUGCAACACAAAGUCCAGUUUCUUUCGCUGGCAGUCGUGAAUACGGACAAUCUACUGCUACCAAUUCCGCCUAAGCUGGACAGCUUUUUGAAGAAGCACGUUCUGCACAAAAAACAACUCCGGCAAAUCUUCAACUUCCUCUUUGCGGUGUUUCUGAUCCGCAAACACGUCUGGAAGCCGAUGCAGACUCUGCUGAAGGAUCACAACAACUCCAUUUUUCAAGUGGCUAAAUUCUACGUGUACGAGCGUUUUUUGGUCCAGGCGGUUUUUCAAAACGUGCUCAAAAAGUACAACCUGUUCGGCACGCGGAGCAAAAUCGAGAAAGAGAUGGUGAAGAUGGAAACGGGCUUUGACACCGAAUUGUCCAAAAACUUGGACGCGACAAUUAUAACGACAAGAGAAGUGUUGAAACAAGGAAGUAACACUGAGCGAGUAAGAACAUCUUCAGCGUCUUCCUCCUCCUCCUGUUACACCGCUUUGCCAGCGGCGGGGCUUCCCAAGGAAAAGAUCCUCCAACUCCUGCAAUCUCGAGCGGACGAAGACAAAGCCCACUGGAACAACGGGAAAAUAUCCGGCGCCGUCUACUAUCAAUCCGCGGACUUGAACAAGAUGCCCACGAAACAAGAUGAACCCAGGAGCAAAACUAAAGACAACUCUUCCUCUGCACUGGCGAUUGAUGUGAACACUGUGAUGAAGGAAGCGUACGGGAUGUUUAUGCUCUCUAUCCUUUGCAAAAGUAUCGUACUCGUAGUAAUUGCAGUCAUGCAUUAGUAAAUCCGCAUGACAAAUUUCAUUUCUCAUGCUGGAAAAAUUUGUAAUGCAAUUCAUACUAGUACGAUGCUUUUGCAUUUCAUACUCUCCAACCCGCUCCACUCCGACUUGUUCAACAAUUGCCGGCAGCUGGAAGCCGAAGUGAUCGCCAUGGUGGGCGACCUGUUUUAUCCAAGAAGAAAACUGUGUAAGUGUAACUCUGUGAUGCAGAACAUGCAACAGAGUAUACACCUGUCAUGCCAGACAGCCAUGAUGUCCUCUUUUCCUGUGUGUUUUCCCUGGACAAUCCGCGCAUGACUGGUUUUCUCUGUCAUGUAGAGCAAAUUUGUGAUGCUGCCAACCAAAAAGAAAGAAAGUUACACUAACACAGAUUUUUUCUUGGAUACGUUUACCGGCGCAACUACUAGUCAACAAGGGAAAGUAGAGCAGUCACGUCAGGAAGUACAAACCAGUGCCACCCUCGUAUCAAAAAGAAAAAUCCCCCCUCCCCAUAUCGAAACGGAAAUCUGUGAUGCUGGAUUUCCGUACACAAAUCAGAUUUGUCUUGCAGUAGAGGACUGCAGGCAUAUGCCAACCCUGGGCGGCGAGGUUUUUCCAUAGACGCCUAGCAUUACAAGUGUCCACACUGUAGGCCCAAAAGCAUAACAAACCACCUGCAUAAUGCGGCGCAGCACGUGGAUUUGCCUUCUUGCAAGACAGAGACGAUUUGUGGUCACAAAUCAGCAUCGCAAAUUUUCUGUGGCUUCCUUUUCGAUAUAGGCAGGGGGAAUUUUUCCUUACGAUGCGUCGUGUGUGGAUCUCUGACCACUGGGGGAACGGAAUCCAUUUUGAUGGCGAUGCUGUCGUAUCGGAAUAAGUGGCUUUCGGAGAACAACAUCGAGCUAAUAUGCAUUGCAAAAGCAUCGUACUUCGUAUGAAUUGCAUUGCAAAUUUGCUCAGCAUGAAAAAUGCAAUUUGUAAUGCUGUUUUACGUUUGGAAGAAGAGUUGUCAUGCAGAUUUGCAAUUAGUACGAGUGCGAUGCUUUUGCACAGAAUAGCUAACCGAUCCCAGCAACACCCGGAUUCCGAACAUUGUCUUGCCUGUCACCGUAUCAACUGCAAAUAUGUCUGGGUCAUCCGGAAGAGUGGAAUUUGUAAUGCUGUCUGCGGAUUCUGAAAGUAUCUGUGUUCUUGCAUGAGCAGCAAGAGGAAUCCAGUAGUUCUUGGCACGCGGAGAUGAGGGCAUUUCUCAUGCGUAUAGAAGUAGCAUCAAGACACUCUCAAAAUAAAGAUUGUGACACUAGCACCAGCAUCACAGACGUCACGGGUCCUGCAAAAUGUGCAUGACAAGUUCGCAUCCUGCCAGAGGACCCAGACAUAUUUGCAAUGCAUACACCGCCCACGCUGCCUUCGACAAAGCGGCCCUGUAUUUCGGCAUCAAGUUAAGAAAGUGCGGAAUCGUUGCGGGAGGUGCUACUGCUGGCGAACAAGCAGACGUAGUAGAUUCGACCGGGAGCUGCAGAAAAGUAGUUCCGGGAGGCGUCAACGUCGCGGAAAUGAAGAAAUUGGUCGACGAGGACACAGUCGCGGUUGUGGGCUCCGUAUCAAAUGCAUUUUAUAUCUGGGUGAACUGGAAGAGUUCGAAUUUGUGAUGCGAAUUUCUACAUCAUGCCAAGAUCUGUCAUGCAUGGCCAGCAAAAGGCUCGACUACGACUUCUUGUCAUGCAGAAAGAGGUGAUUUGUCAUGCGGAUUAGGCAUUGGGAUGCCUGUUGUUCGCAACCUGUGAUGCUAGGGCUUCCAUGCCAGCCCUUCUGUGUCAUGCAAAAACAGCAGGAGCAGGACAAAUAUCUGCAUUCUCCCGGACCCAGACAUAUUUGCAUGUGAAACUCCGCCCCGAACUACCCGAACGGAGCCAUGGAUCCGUUGUUGAGCAUCAGUGACGAGAUUGCCGUGCCGAACAAAAUUCCCUUUCACGUGGACGCGUGUCUUAUCCCGAGAAAAAAGUGUUUUCCAGUUUACACACUCUAAUGGAAGACAAGCAAGACAGACACCCUCUGUCAUGCAGGAAAUGCAUGCCAGCCUCAUUUCGUUCGUGUUUUCCAUUGUAGUCUGCGCAUCACAGGUACAGGUUUUCUUUGCCAUGUCGAGCAACUUUGUGAUGCAGAAACUUCAACAAGUGUGCAACUGUAACACUUUUUUCCUGUGAUAUGUCUGGGCGGGUUUUUACUCCCUUUCAUCGAGCUGGCCGGAUUAGGCAAGACCAGUCAACCCUUCACUUUUGCCGAGUUGCGCGGCUUAUGAACUUCAAAAGCACUAUCGCGCACGUACUUCUAGUAGUAACAGAUUGCAUUGCAAAUUGACUCAGCAUGACAAAUGGAAUUUGUCAUGGUGAUUUACCUUGCAAAAGAAAUUUGUCUUGCAUGACUGCGAUAAGAAGUACUUCGAGUGCAGCGACUAGUUUUGCACAGGAUAAGGCUGCACCUCCAUCUCCGUCGACACGCAUAAGUACGGGUUUUGCGCGAAAGGUGCGUCUAUCAAAUGUACAAAUGUCUGGGUCUGGAAGAUUGGAACUUGUGAUGCUGCAUUUGGAUUGCAAAAAAAUCUGUAUUGCAUGAGCGGCAAAGGGAAUGUGAUUUUUGCUACGCGGAGAUGGCAUUUGUCAUGCGGAAUAGGCAUCAAGAAGCCCUCAAACCCUCAAAAAAUCUGUGAUGCUCGGGCACGCAUCACAGACAUCAAGACUCAUGCAAAACCUGCAUGACAAGUCUAGAAAUCUUCCAGACCCAGACAUUUUUACUUUUGAUAGCGUCCGUGAUACUGUACCGAAAUUCCUUUUACCGCUCCUUCCAGUUUACGGCCGUGCCGGAUUGGACGGGAGGAAUUUACGCGACCCCCACCAUCGCCGGGAGCCGGAACGUAUCCUGUGCAAAAGUAUCGCACUCGUAUUGCAAUCAUGCAUUGCAAUUUUUUUUCUCAAGGUAAGUCCGCAUUACAAAUUUUAUUUCUCAUGCUGAGGGAAUUUGUCAUGCAUUUAUACGAUUACGAGUACGAUACUUUUGCAGUUCAUAGAACGGCGGCAUUGCGGCGACCACUUACGCCGCUUUGGUUUCGUUUGGAAGAGACGGAUAUGUGGAGUGCACGGGAAAAAUUGUCGCCUGCGCACGCAUAUGCAGUGCAAAAAACAUGUCUGGGACUGGCAGGUUGAAUCUUGUGAUGCGCAUUUCAGAGCCCACAAAAAUCUGUAUUGCAUGAACAGCAAAAGCUGUCUAUUUUUGGCCAUGUUCAGAGCGGAUUUCUCAUGCAGAGUAGGCAACAUCGCGAGGCUGUCAAAGCGCGACCUGUGAUGCUGGGUCUUGCAUAACAGACACUCUGGGUCGUGCAAAAUUUGCAUUACAAACUUCACCUGCACUUUUCUAGACCCAGACAACAUAUUUGCAAUGCAUAACGCAGGAUCGAGGCGGAGAUACAGGAAGCUGCUGCAACAAAAACCACUAGUACACCAGCAGAAGAUGAACCAGGACCACCACCACCACGACGGCCUUUGAUUUGCCAGUACCUGCAACAGCUAGGGAAGUGCGACACCUCCGUCGUGUGUCUGGCGUCGAGAAAACCGAAAGAAGUGAACAUCUACGCGAUUGCGAGCAUAAUGCGGGAGAAAUUCGACUGGAACUUGAACUCCUUGCAAAACCCACCAAGCAUUCACCUGUGUGUCACGCUCCCGGUGGCGGUGGCCGAUUAUGUGCUGGACGAAACAACCAAGGAGAGCGAGAGUCGGUUCGUUGCGGAUUUGGAAAAGUCGGUGGAGAUUUGUCUUGCAGAUCCAGCGUGGAACAAGAAAGCCGCGGCCGGCGUCUACGGAAUGGCGGCCAGUAUCCCAAAUUCGCUCGCGGGAGACCUGACCAAGGUGUACCUGGAUUCGUGUUACAAGGUGCAGAAAACAGUGACGUCUCCAUCUACUUCUACUUCUACUUCGUCCGAAAUCUGUGGCGGUGGUUCAUCAGGCGAUAAUUCCUCCACCACCACAGGAACCACGCCGGCAGAACAAAGAAGUCCGGCGGCAACGGCAGAGUGA